ACAAUACUGCUGAUGUAAAAGGAAUAAAAAGAAAAAGAUGAAAUAAAUCCAAAAGAUAGUGUAAUAUAAAUAAUCUUCCUUCUAAGAACUUAUUAUAUAUCAUGCAAUAUUUACUGUCAGACAUCGCAAGUUUCGAGAAGCAUUUAUAGUUUCGUUAAAGUUCUCCAAUUGUUCUCCAGAAACGAUCUGCCGGUCACGAUAAUGCACCGGGAAGAGCAAUAAGCGUCUCUCGAAACGGAUAAUUGUCAUCCAAAGCUCGCUUUGACCAGUGAAAGUAUCAGAUGUUGCGCGACAUGAAGAGGAAAGGCGUCUUCUGACUCAUAUAUGAAUCCGAUCGACGAAUGACGCGUCCGUGAAUCGCUCGGCGAUAAGCGGAUGAUUCUCGCGAAGCUUCGUCAACGCGAAUGCAUCUCGGUUUGUGUGUUUGCGUAAUACUUAACUAGUAUACGCACUUACCUUGAAAGUCGUAAACCAAUGUAUCAAGAAAUCGCGUGAAAAUUACUCGUUGAGUUCCUUACGAAAAUGUCAAUUACGCUAAUCGUCAAUUCUUUUUGAACGUUCCAUCUCUCAAAAGUGAUGUUCCCAUUUUAGAUUUAAUAUAUAUAUAAUAAAUUGAGGACUAUAUAUAUAUAUAUUCAGUGGAUGGAUUCUAACUCUGAGUUCAGUAAGAGAGUUCAGUGUCUCAUCGAAUUCUAGCUGGAUUUCCGUUAAACUGGGAAACCAAAUUUUUUUACUCUAAUCAGAGAGAAAGAAGAAAAAGAAGACGAUUUAAAUUAUCUGAUAUAGAAAGCAUAUACCGAAGAAUGCAACGGUUGUGGAUUUCGCUGUCGAUCCUGGCCGUUCUGGCUGGAGUUCUUCCAGAUGACAGAUUCGACCAAACAUCAAUUUAUUAUACAGUACCGGUAAACGAGAGCGAGGCAAACAGCAGCUGGAAUAAUGGCGGUCUUUUCGAGGAACAUGGUGGUCGCAUUAUUCGAAAUCAAAAAGUAUUUGAGAGAUCGAAGAGUCCUUACUUGCUGCGAGAGGAUUUGUUUAUUGAAAAGGACGCCAAACUUAUUAUAGAAUCCGGCGUGGAGAUUCGUUUCAGUCCGAUGAUCGGCAUCACUGUCCGCGGUAUCAUAAUCGCCAAGGGCGAAACACAUAUGCCAAUCUUGCUGACCGCAGCGGAAACGCAGGUUCCAUCUCUUCGAACAUCACCCACGAUACGCCUUGUUGACGGACCGAGUCCGCUAGCGGGAAGACUGCAGCUCUUUCACAAAGGUGACUGGCGUUCCAUCUGCACAAACUCGCGAAAUUGGACUCGCGCAAAUCUAGAGACAGCAUGUCGGCAGCUCGGUUAUCAGGGCGGACAAUGGUGGUCAUGGAUCGACAGACAAUGGCCCUCCAAGCCGCGUCUUCUUUACGAGGAACCAGGCUGUCGUGGCACUGAACCCUCGCUAACGACUUGCGAACAUUGGUCGGAGAGAGAAUUGGGUGCCGGUGUUUGCGAUUAUCAUCCUGAUCUGGGCAUUUCUUGCCUGCCCCGCCACGAUGGGGCGAGCAAGGCGAUCAAACAUUGGCGGGGGAUACGAUUCGAGGAUGCGGUAUACGAUAAACAGAAACUCAUUCAACAAAACACACUUUACGUGCGUCAAUCUCUGUCCAUUCUACAGAACACGGUGAUAAAAUAUGCUGGAACCGGGAGAGAGUACAAUAUAACUUCGGCAAUUCAUGUCGAAGGCGUUCCACCGAUAAUGGAAUCAAUUUCUGUUUUGCAUUCUGCCUUCACGGGUAUCAACGUCACUACAUCGGACGCAUCAGUUGUGAUAAAUAAUUGUACUAUGCAAUAUAACAGAGGAUACGGGAUUUAUGUAAAUAGCUCAUCCGGCAUGGCGCAUAUUAAUAACUGCACAGUAUCCGAAAACGGAGCGGACGGAAUAAAGUAUGUGCACGCGGAUGAGCGGCCAGACGACAAGCUGGAGCGUAAUGACGUAUACGAUCUAUGCACCUUUCCUUCAACGGUCAGUCAGACUUUUCCCAUCACUAUAUCAAUGCAACAAAAUAAAUACGCUCCCAACGUAAAAGAAUGUCCACAACAAAUCUUCACAACGCUAGGCUAUGUCCUGACAGUGCAUUUUUUGCAAAUGAAAACCGAUAGGAACGAUAGCGCCAUCAUAGAGGUGUAUGAUGGAACGGUGAGGCUUCUAGCUACUGUCAAAGUCAGAAACGGGACUUUACCGCAGAGCGUGACCUCAACCGGUCAUAAUCUUUUUAUAAAGUUCAUAGCUGAACCUCGAACUAACGCACUUGUGUUUGUACGAGUGUCAUCAGGCUACAAGAAAACGUAUGAUCUCAAUGUAACUGGUAGUACAAUAACGAGUAAUAACGGUCGUGGUAUCAUCGUGGAAAAGUUAAGAUCCGCCUUGCACAUUCACGAGACCUCGGUAUCAGAUAACAAUCAUGUGGCAGGCGUACACGUGUUAGGUGGCGCGAUGGACGUUAACAUCACCGAUAGUCGUAUCGCGUACAAUCAAGGGGACGGUGUUAACAUCACUGUUACGGGCGGCAAUCGUAACGUAUCGCGCAGCAGUAUAUCAUCCAACAGCGGUUAUGGUUUUGCGGUGUGGCUCAACGAUAGCUCCGCCACCGAAUACGUACAUUUUAAUCAAUCAACCGUGAUCGAGUACUCGCAGAUAUUUAGCAAUAAGGACAUCGGCGUUCUGAUCGGUAAUUCAACCGGCAACUCGUACGUAAAUGUAACUGGCAAUUGGUUUAACACCAGCUUUGAAACGGCGCUGCAAGUGGAAUCCAGUUGGAGAAAAGACAAUGGAUUAAUGAGAGUGCAGAUCGGGCACAACUCAUUCAUAAGGAAUGAGAAGUUAGGAAUCAAACUGAGCCCAGCGCUCAAUCUCGACGCUAUUAUAGAGUACAAUCAUUUUGUAGAUCAAGCAACCGGCGCAAUUCUAAUAAAAAAUCCACUCUACGAAGAAUUUAACAUUUUACCCGCGGAGAUCGUGAUCCGAUAUAAUGAAUUCUAUAACAACCAAGGUACCUUUAUAGUCAGCAUCGGCUUAUCGCCUUACAACGACGCGCAAAAGUUACUGUUCACAAGAAACUUCCUGAAACAUAAUCGUGUUCGGGAAUUGUUCGACAACGGCGAUAUGCGGAAUGUCAAACUGAUACCGCGCUCCAGAGUAGCUGCUGUCGUUGUCGUAUCUUCGAGCAAUGUUCACGUUUUCCGUAACAUCUUAAACAAUCUCGAUUCGCGUUACGAGAUUGGCUCUCAUCUGGAAGAUCAGAGUAAAGUUAUCAAUUGCACGUAUAACUGGCUAGGAUCUGCGGAAGAAAAGAUAAUAUUCGAUCGAUUAUUUCAUAGGAAGGACAGAUAUAAUCUCGCCAAGAUCGAGUAUUUGCCUUACUUGUUGCACAACAGUAAUCCCGGUGCGAAUACCAUCAUUCCGAAUCCGACAUUCGUGCCGCAAUUUAUCAGGUCUGACUCGAACGAAGUCGGAGGUGAGGUUGAUGGCCAGGAGGAAUUAAAAGCCGGAGAGUACAUUGUCAAGCGUGAUAUCAAUGUAAGACCAGGCGGCAAACUAAUAUUGCAACCGGGCGUUACGUUACGCUUCCCACCGGCCGUAGGAAUGAUGAUCGCCGGCAAAUUUGACGCGCGCGGCAAGAAACCCAGUGAUAUCUUAUUCACUCUCAAGGAGGAGCUCGUUAUGUUAUCAAAUAACGAUACUUUUACAGAUGAGAAUAUUCAAGUCCAUGAGACAGAAUCUAUGCCAGUGAGGCUUCUUGGUGGAAAAACGAAUCUUGAAGGGAGAUUGCAGGUAAAAAUUGGAAAUGAAUGGGGCACUGUGUGUAAUUAUGGAUGGACAAUUCAGGAUGCAGCACUCGUUUGCCAUCAGUUAGGCUUUAUCCUCGACUUCGAGAAUUGGCUUAUGGAACGAUCGCAAAUUCCGAAUGCAGGGAUCAAUGAGAAGAUACUCCUCAGCAAUGUGCGCUGUACCGAGUACGACAAUGAUAUAACUAAAUGUCGAGCGGAAAGGGAACAAGAUUUUGAAAACUCGUGUACUCAUGAGAAUGACGUUGGUGUCAGGUGUCUGGAGGCGGCAUGGGCUGGUCUCAGAUUAGGACCACUGGCUCAAAGAAGCGACUUGCAGUACGUGACGAUUGAAAAGGCAGGCUUGCUGGAUUACAAAACUAAUUCAUUUAAACCAGCUUUGGAAAUUGAUUUUGCUCGGCAUUCACUGAACGGUAUCAAGGUCUUGAACAAUCUGCAAGACGGCUUAGGAGUUCUGUAUUCAGACAUAUAUUCGGCGGACGCGAUAAACACUGUGACGAAUAGCGACUUCUCUCAAAACGGCGGGAGCGGCAUCAGUUUCAAGCAAUUAGGUAUGCGGAUUGUUAAUUCACGAAUCGAAAACAACAAGAUCGCGGGAAUAAGACACAAUCCCGCUCUCUCGGCUGUUCAGCAAAGAGAAUUCGCGGGAUGGUUCCUGCGGAAAUCGGACACCACAGUCGACUCACCGUACAAUCCGAUAAUCUUGCCUGAAACGACUGAGAACAUCGAACUUGCUAAUGGAGAGACCAAAUACAUUAUCACGACUAAAGUAACCAGUGACUCUGUCCGUCGUAUCAUCAACAUUGAAUGCAAACCAAGCUAUGUCAUCGGUAUCCAAUUAUUGAAUCCGAUUGAAAAUCGAAGUACGGAACAAAUUAUACUGCACGACUCGCAGCAUUUCGACAUAAAUCAGACUGUUUGGCACGUAAAACGGGAUCUGAGUGUUUUCCCCGUCUCGUCUAGUUCCUUUGUAGUACUUUUGGAGUAUGAUAGCGGUGAGAAUGCUCUCGGUGGAACUGUCAUAGUUGUCACGUCGCUCUCGGCUCCAAGACAGAAUAUUCACAAUAAAAUAGUCAACGGUCCUAUUCCUUUGCUAUCUGUCACAAAGACAAAGAUCAAGAACAAUAAGAAAGGUGUGCUCGCGUCCUACUACAAUCGAUACCUGAAUGAGAUCGGAUAUCAUUUUCUACGGAAAGCCAAUGAGACUAUUCAACUAGUCGAAUGCGAGAUAUCACACAAUCAUGAAGAAGCCGUUUACGUGCAUUCGCCUUAUUGGAAUAUCUUCCAAUCGAACCUGUCCGAGAUUUCGAUACAUAUAAAUAACAGCUUGAUCACAGACAACGGUAAAGGGAUACAUCAGUUCAGCCGCGAUGCAAGACACUCCAACAAUCUCUUCCACUGGAUAAUGCAGGAUAGCACAAUUGAAAGAAAUCAUGGCGGUGGAUUCGAGGUGUUGUUACCAGAUGUCUGGCAGUACAACGAGAACUUCACACACUCUCUAUACUUUGGGAACAACACCUGGCGUAACAACGAACAAUUUGGCUUUGUAGUGGACGGACAUUUCGCACACCUUAAUAUAUCCUAUAAUCGUUUCGACAGCAAUCGCUGUAAGACCGGUUUAAUAUCCAUGCGUGGAAUGGAAAAGAAGAUCAGAAUCGAUAAUAAUUAUAUCGAGGAUAAUAAUGGUAUGUACAUGGUUGAAUUCCGAGCGAACAGCCAGUCCGAAAUCCUCGGUGACAUUUACGCUCGUUUCUAUCGCAACGAGAUUAAGCGAAAUAUGUACGACCUCAGCAAUUUGGGAUCACGUCGAACGUUUGACGAUCCCAGCUAUGUCGUCGGCUUCCACGGCAUACAGAAAGUACAAGUACAUAAAAAUCUCUUCGGCGAGAACUCGCUGGAUUAUGAGUUAUUGGCAGGUAUCAGGACAGCCAAGAUCAACAACGAAGUAGAUGUCAGGGAGAAUUGGUGGGGUACUGCUAACGACACCUCUAUCAGACAGAGGAUUUUCGACUUCGACGAUUGGAACGAUCACGCUGUGGCCAACUAUCGGCCGUACUUGACGAGCGAUUCGUUUGAAGCGUCUACUUCCGCGUGGCGGCAUAUAAAUCGCGAGAUUGACCUGAACAAUUUGGGCGGUCGCAUAGUGGACAAUCUGUCGCUGUAUGCGAAACCCGAGCCCUACGUCAUACAUUCUGAUAUCACGGUUAUGCCGGAAGCUACUCUCCAUAUCUACCCCGACGUCGUAAUGGAAUUCGCUCCUAACGUUGGCAUCCUAGUCCUGGGAACGCUGAAAGCCAUUGGCGUACCCGGUCACGAGAUCAUAAUGAGACCGAUAAAACGAAUUGACGCGAGCGCAAAUUCUACGUUUUCCAAACUGACGCCGAUGAAAAGUUCCACUAAUAUCAUGUCAAUGCCGGACGAGAUGAUUCGUUUAUGCAAGGAUGGACAUUGUUCCGUAUUGCACUAUGAAGGAUUCCUAGAGUACUUCAACAGAACGACUCUCCAGUGGAUCCCAUUGUGCGAUGAUCGGUUUACCGAACGCAACGCUCAAGUAGCAUGCCGACAACUCGGUUACGACACUCUCAACGUUUACGUAUCGUACGAUCGUAGAUAUGAGCUUCAUCCCGGAUCGUUGACGCGUGUCUGGUCUUGGCCCGAACCACUGCAGUGUUCCGGGAAAGAGCAAAGUCUCGAGGACUGUCAGAUCAGAUUGAACGGUCAGUUGUUCGGUCAUCGUCAUGAGUGCCCGUGGAACGGAAACUUCGUUUUCCUGCAUUGCGGAAAGCGAAAUUUAGACGAUGCGUACGAUUACUGGGGCGGAAUACGCAUCGCGAACAGUGAAUUCGAAGCUCAUCUCUACGAACAUCACAUCCACGACAUCGUGACUCAUGAAACAAUUAGGCGCGUCGAAUCGGUUCUCAAAUUCAUCAAUAUAACCGGUGCUGGGAUUUUACAUUAUGAGAAAUCGGCCGCUAUACAGUCGAUUAUGAAGUCUCCGGCAAUAGUGCACGUAAACAUAGAUCACAGCGCUUAUCACGGCAUAAAUGUCGUAUCUCCAACGCACAUGGUGGAGUUAUUAUUCAACACAAUUAACAAUGUCCUCGGCAACGGCGUGAAUAUAUUAUCCUUGACGGGAGAAGGCCGCGAGUCAGAUGAGAGCACGUUCACGCCUAUUAAGGAUCUUAAUGUUCCUUAUCAUUUAUUUAGUAUGGUCGAUAUAUGCGAUACUGCAAAAGAAAUUACAAUCGAGGAGCGCGUAAUCGUAUACUACAAAUACGAUAAUUAUCCUGUAAAUUGCGUGAAGAUCUUCCGCAGUGCUUACAGAGUCAAACCGUUUGGAUUCAGGCUUUUGCAAUUUAAUCUUUAUAACUCCACUGGCAAGCCAGGCCGGCAUGAUAGUAUAACAAUAUACGACGGAGACAUUUACAAUAUCAGCACCAAAGUGAUUGGUCAUUUGGAAGUUAAUACUCCUGAUGAGAAAAAAUUGUUCAGAACACAGAAUCCUAGUAUUAGCAUUAGAUUAUUUGCUAACGGCGCUAAAAUAUCUGCUAUUGGUUUUAAUCGCGAUGUACAGCACAACGUUUCUUACUCUUUGAUAUCGAACUGUCGCGAAGGGGCCGUAAAAUAUGCAAGCGCCGGCGAAGUGAAUGCCAUAAUAACGCUCGAGCGUAAUCAGUUUGUGAAUAAUUGCGAGAAACUAUACGGUAACUUCACCACGUGUAAAUCCGCACUGUGGCUCGACGUCCAAAAUACGCAAUUGCUGCAUUUCAGAAACAAUUUAGUACAACGAAAUCAAGGCGGUCUUACAAUUCGUGCCGAUUCGAGCGGUACGGCAACGUCUCUCAAGGGAUGGAUUCAUAAUAAUCUCUUCACAGAAAACUUCAAUAAGCCUGCAUUGUUCGUUGAGGGUCGUCAGAGCAGUCCUUAUCAACAGAUGACUAUAUUCAGAAAUUAUUUCACCAAGAAUAACGCUCCGUAUGACAAUAACAUCAUUUUGAAGCAAGUGGUCAGCAACAUGACAUUCAAUUACUUGCAUGGAAACCUUGGUAUGCAUUUAUUGGAGAUUUCGGGAUUCGAGAAGGUCCGUUCACAAUUCUAUCAAAGCACAUCUCACAACGGCUUCUACAAAAACUACGCAGUCGAUCGUGAAGGCCGUAGCACUAUUAUUGCUGGUACACCCGGUCAGCAAUAUGUUGAUAAUGUGUUUUUUAAUCCCGACAAUGAUUAUGAAAUGCAAACGACGAACAAAUCUCAGUAAGAUAAAACGAAUUUAAUCGCAAGAUAAUUAAUUAAAAAUUUUAACAUUCAUUAAACAAAUCACUUAUUUAGACAACUGGAAAUUUGGAGAUCUCACAUAGACGCGCGGCACAAUUGGUGGGGUUACAAUGAAACCUUAGCGGUGGCUGGACGCAUCAGAGACCGUGAAGAUUCAUUUGAGCUGUUACAGGUGGAUUAUCAGCCUUUCCAUAUGAAUAAUAAAUCGGUAUUAAAUGGCAAGUGUCCACCCGCCUGGGAUCUUGUUGGUGACACGUGUUACAUAUUGAUCGGCGCACCGAUGGACUUUUAUAGUGCGCGAGAUUUUUGCAGGUCGGCAAAUGCGUCGAUGCCAUUCAUCAUGGGAGAUUAUCUGGAACUCUGGAAGUUCGCGCGUAAGCAACAGGAGAGAUUCGAUUAUUCAGAACGUGUAUGGGUGCAACAAUUGGAACGCGUGGAUCAAUGCACGAUGUUUACGUAUCAGACCAUUGAGAUUGAUCAUUGCGCGCAACCUAAUUUGUUUAUUUGUGAAAUCGAUCCCAGAGUCAACAUCGAUCCUCUGUCUUGGAGGAAAGAUAUCGUUGCGGUGGGUGUUUUGGGAGCUGUUGGCGUUGCACUCGCAUUGCUAACUGCGGCGAUCGUAUUGUGGGCGUCCAAGUCGAAGAAGCGUAAGCUUGAGAGACUAGAGCGACGUAACUCCAUCAGGCAAUCCCUACAUUCUCUGCGAUCGGUUGGCUCCACAUCCGGGUUCACGGAACUCGCUUAUCGCCGAAAGCCUAUCGCGACCAAACAUUCCACAGAUACGCUGAACUCAAAUUAUAAACGCAUGUUGAACGGUGGCAGUCUAGACUCAAUGGACAAAUCACAACUGAACUCUUCAAUAGAGGAUAAUCAGAGUUACGAUGUGUAUGAGGCUCAUAAUCCACGAUAUUCGCCGAGCACGAGCGACUUCAAGAAUACGGUGCAGAAGUACAGUGCAGCGCAGAGUGUCGAUAAUCCGGUGUUUGACCUGGCAUACCGUAAUGAGGGCUUCCGCAAUCAUUCUACUUUUGCAGCAAGGAACGGUACUGCCGACGGCGCCGUCGCCGCCGCCGCUUCUAACUGGUCAUCGCCAAACAUACAGUCGACAUCAGUUGAUGAAAGUCCUACAGUGUAUGCCAACAAUGAGAGCUCAUCGUAUCUCAACAAUACGUCUACGCUGCCGUUGCAUUCCAGUAUCGCGCUUACCGAUUCCAUGAUCGAAUUGAAACGCGAUAUCGAGGCAUCAUCAGGCGUUUAUGAUCCUAUGGAUUACUUAAAGCCUCCUUACGACUCGACUAUGUUAACUCCGAGUCAGGCGUCCGAGCCCGUUCCGGAAUACGCGUCGGACUUUCAGCCACCAGUACCACCACAUCCCUAUCAUUACGAAGCCGAGAGCAGACCUAGGAGCGAGGCGCUGUUGGAGACCAACUUCGACACGGGUGAAGAGAAGCCGCUACGCUCGAAGAGCGAAGUCUUACUCGAGACUAAUCUGGACGCGUUCCUAGUCAAUGAGCCCACGGAACUCACGCAGCUAUCGGCGGCCACGCGAAGCAAGAGUCAACCAUUAGAAACGGCAAUGUAGCUUUCCGGACGUCGGCGACUCUUAGACCAGCAGUCCACAAUUCGGGCACAUCCGAAGUGUAUGCCAAAUCUUGUCUUCUAGCGACAAGCACUGCCAGCUAUUGCACAAUAAGAGAUUUUCAGUCCGUUUAUAACAAUACGCUGCCGACUUCCAACUCGUGCCAUUUCCAAUGGUCGUGAACUGAAUAUUGGAAUAUACACGCACAGUAAAUCCCCGUUGAAAUGACCGGGAAGUGAAGCGGAUAUUCAUUGUUAGAUACAGAAACUGACUCAUUAUUAGCGGACUCAUUAUUAGCGGACUCAUUAUUAGCUGUAGAAACUGAUUAAGAGUUUUAUUAUAUUAUGAAAAACCCUGCGGGUUUUAAAAUUAUAAUUUGAUAUGUUAAAGAACAUUACGAUAAUUAUUUGUAACACGUAUGCUGAAUUGACAUAGAACGUUCUCUAGCAAGAGAUACAGUUGACAUUAUAACACAAUGAAUCGUUGCAUCUUUGCCAAUAUUAAACAAAGAUGAAAUGAUUCACUGUGUUACACUAUCUUUUGCUGGAAAACAUAAUCAGUAAGUAUGCGAGUUUUACAUGAAUCCACCGAAUUCGCGCUUGGGAUGAAUGCAUACUCUCUAAAUCUCGCAGAGUGGACUUAUAUAUCAUUAAUAUUAAAGUAAUUGCAAUAGUUACUAUAAGAAAGGCAUUCAUAAGCUAGGAGUAAAUUUUUAGAAUGGCUCAAAUGUUUAGAAUGGCUAUACGUGGCGCUGCCUAUGCAAUAAUUUAUUUCACUUUAAUUAGAGCAAAGAGCGUUUCGCGAAGCUCUCAACAGAUGUGGAUGUCUUCUCCUAAGAAAGAUUCAAUCCGUAUAGAAAGCGAAAAUGAUUAGACCAAUUCCGUGCAUUUGCAAUUCUGCACAUUAUGGCGAUAAUUUUUUUUCAGACGACUACUAAAUCAAUCGAUCUACCUUGUGAGAAUAUAAAGAAGGUAGGCGAACUAAAAAUGACAAACGUAAGAAUAAUAUCUGUUGAACAUUUCAAAAAAUGUAUACAUACUGAUCUAUAUACGUCAUUCUUUUACAUAGGAAUUCACUCCAAUUUAUAGAAUGCAAUUUAUCUAUUAAUUAGAGUAACAAACGAAGUGCAUGGGCUCAAUUUUCACUUCAUUACACAUUGCAUUUUACUCACUUUGAAUGAUAUUUCACUCUUCGAGUUUUACAGAUACAAUACUGCGUAAGAUUUUCAUGGAAAUCACCCAUCAAGACUUGGGCUUAACAGAUAGUGUUCAUAUACGUACAAUAUACAUAUAUUAAAAAUUUAACAUUUUUGCUUUAAAUCUUUAUAUUAAUAGAAUUAUAAAUAUGUAUAGUUGAAAUGGACUGCAUUCUUUCUUCACACAAUGUGGUAAAGAUCUCAACAUUCAAUUCAGUCAAUCGUUAAUGACUUUCGGAAGUUGAUUCAUUCACGCACUUAUUGCGUGUCUUAUGUAGGUAUUCUAAAGAGGAUGACUGUUUAUUACAAUGACGCGUGUUACUUAAUCCCAAUUACAUCCACAAACGAUAUCUAAUAAAACACUAAUUUAGUAUACUGUUAAUAACAAGAUCAUCGUUAAUCAUUAAAUGACCCAAGUGAAUCUCCAGUCAGGAGACAAAGCUUGUUGAUAAUUUUUAAGAAAAA